AUGGCUGAGUUCCUUGCCCUUAAAGGACAAAGUGUUUCUUAUUCUGUUUUAGAGUACCUUGCUUAUUCACUUAACCCUCAUCAUACUCGUCCUUGUGCCACUGAGCUUUUCUUUCUCAACUAUGGCAUACUUGAGGUUGGAUUUAUUGACACUACUAACAAGCUCUUUACACAGAUUUAUAGCCGUUCUACGGUGUUAGUGACGGUCGUUGAUGAUGAGAGGAUCUUAGCAAAGUGUUUCAAUGCUGAUGUUGACACAAUUCAGAAGCUCAAAGCAGGGUUUGCACUUAAGACCUGA